UCUCCUGGCAAGCAGGUGACAUGGAAGGAGCCUGGCUUUACUUCUGAGGAGCGUUUUCAGUGGCGGAAGUGAGUUUGAAAUGCUUGCCCCAACUCCCAUGAACAAACAGUUACCUGAAGGCAAAAUGACCCUGGAGUACAGAAAUAUCUGCGUCCUGCUGCCCAAUCGAGAACAACUCAAGUUAAGCAUUGGGGUAAAAGCCACAGGAAGAGAGCUUUUCCAGCAGGUGUGUGAUUUGUUGAGCAUUAAAGAACCCCACUUCUUUGGCCUGAGUGUUGUUCGAAACAAUGAAUACAUAUUCAUGGACUUGGAGCAAAAGCUGAGCAAAUACUUUCUGAAGGAUUGGAAGAAAGAGAUAUAUAAAGGAAAUGAGAAAUCCAACCCUCCUUUUGUUGCCUUCUUCAGAGUGCAGUACUAUGUGGAAAAUGGGAGAAUUAUAAGUGACAAGGUUGCAAGACGUCUCUACUAUCAUCACCUCAAGGAGCAGGUGCUGAGAUCCCAGUGUACCCACAAGGAAGAAGCCUACUUCCUAUUGGCUGCCUAUGCCCUGCAGGCAGACUUGGGCAACUACCGGGAGACCAUCCAUGUGGGGAAAUAUUUUGAACCUCAUUCCUACUUCCCUCAGUGGAUUAUCACAAAGAGAGGGAGGGACUACAUCUUAAAACAUGCUCCAGAGAUUCACCGAGAGCAGCAGGGGAUGACCACCAAAGAGGCUGUGUUGAAGUUCAUCAAGGAGUCCUGUCUGCUGGAAGAUGUGCCUGUUCAUUUUUUCAAGUUACAAAAGGAUAAGAAGGAAGAUCGACCUACAAUUGUCCUGGGUCUGACCCUAAAAGGAAUGCACAUUUAUCAGGAGGUAAACCAUUCCCGGCAGCUGCUCUAUGACUUCCCCUGGUCACAUGUUGGAAAGCUGGCAUUUCUUGGGAAAAAAUUUGAGAUCCAGCCAGAUGGUUUGCCUUCUGCUCGGAAACUGGUCUACUACACGGGCUGUCCAUUCCGCUCCCGGCACUUACUUCAGUUACUCAGUAACAGUCAUCGGCUCUACCUACAUAUCCAGCCAGUGCUGAAACAGAUCCGGCAGCUGGAAGAAGCAGAAGAAAAGAAGCGUUACCGAGAGUCAUAUAUCAGUGACACUCUGGAGAUGGACCUGGACCAGUCCGACAAACACUCUCAUGGGAGUGGGAGCAGCAGGGGCAGUGGCCGGAACCACCAUCACCGGCUCUCCCACCGCUCCACAGAUAGCCACGGCAGCUCCCACACCUCUGGCAUCGAGGCCGACUCCAGACACCGAGUGUCCGUGGAGAUGUCCGUGGACGAGCCCUUUGGCAUGGAGCUGGGCCAUGAUAAAGAGAGGUUCUGCAGCUCCACCACCAGCCACAGCAGCUCUGGCAUAGAUAGCAGCAGUAAAGGGAGAACUGAGGAUGAGGUGGAGGUGAUGGUAGACGGGCCAGAAGGUGUGACAGUAGAUGAUCCGUUGGAAAAUAACCGAUUGGACCAGACACAUGAAGGGGUAUCUCUAUAUGACUGUAAAGCCUCUCACCAAGAACCUUUUGCUGUGGUACAGAUAACAUUGGUCAAGAUGAAGGGUCAGAGUGUUGAAUCCCUUAACCAGGUCAGAGAGAUCAAAGCCAGGGAGUGCUCGGACCAGCACAGCCAGAGCCUGGAUGAUGUCCGCCUCUACCAGCAACGGCAUCUGCCCCUGAACGCCAAUCUUUCUUCCCCCACUUCUCAAAGCUACACUUUUGGCUGCGCCCCAGAGGAUAAGCUGGCUACCUAUGGCUGUGUCUACUCUACGGCUGAUUAUAAGACCAAGUCUGCCCUCUAUGGGAAGAGAUCUAUGAACUGCCUCUCACUGGAUCUUCUGGGGGAAGACCAAGUGCCAGAAGAAUUCGUAGUUUAGACCAGGUUACUCCAGUGUGGAGGUGGUUUGUGGCGUGGUAGCCUAUGAGAGAAAAAUGAAGAGGUCACCUCAGGUCUUGUGGACAACUGCAGAAAUGCAUGCUCUCCUCACAGAGGGAGAAUGCGAUGUGGUGCUCACCAUCACCAAGAUUACUAGAGUACACAUGAUUCAUUGAGCACAUUUCUGGCGCUGCUUCCUCGCUGGCUUAGACGCUGCCCCAGAAGUUGAUUUCAAUCUCCUGGGCAGUCUCUGGACUGCCAGACAGAAGGAGCCAGUCAUACAAAAACCUUCCAUAGAAUGUCAGCAUUCAUCAUUGUCUUCCACAGGAUUCCAGGAAAAGAGCAAAUCUCCAGUUGGACUUUAAAUGUCCUUUUUAUGUGGUGUGUUAAUGUUUUUCCUAUAGGUCUAGAAGGUAACUGGGCAAUUUAAUUCAAGCAAUAAGCAUCUAUAACACGCAAGACAUUGUACCAGGCACUGGGACUAAAGACAAAAACUGAAAGAAUCCUUGCCCGUAAGAAGCUUACAUUCUUCUGGACCACAGAAGGUGCUUUGGAUUCAGUUACAAUGAUGUUUUGGUUCUUCCAGAUACAUCAUGAAACCAAACUCUAGGUUCCCACUGACAACUAAGCCUAAAUGGCUUCUUUAUCAAUUUCUCUCUCCUCCUGCCUCAUGACCAACCAAGGGGAGGACAAGGGGGAGGGGAGAAGAGAGAAGAGGUUUUUUUGGGGAAAAAUAAGAUCUUUCCACCUUGAGGAUACCUUUGAUUCACUUUUUGGAAAGUGAUGGAAAAGUUGAAAAGGAGUGGCAGUAGGCAAGAAAUGUGUCAACAGUAAUUAGUAUUUUAGGUUCAGAAUGAAGAGCCCUGGAAUCUCAGAGCUUCAGCUCUGUACCCCUAGCUCACCUAGGCUAGGCCAGCCACCUGGGUAGUUCUGUAUCACUGUUUCCUUGUCUACAAAAUUGUAAAAUUUGAUGACUAGAAAGUUGACUGUACUUGAAUGGAAAGAGUCCCAUAAUUAAUACAUUUAAAGCAUAACACAGGUUUGACUUCAGGAAUGUAUGAAUGUGUUUGCAUGGAUGCUAUUCUCAAGGGAGUGAGAAGGUUGGUCACUUUCCACUGGUGGGGUUCCCAAAUUAAGCUUUUUUGUUGCUUGUUUUGGGGCCACUCGGGCUUGCUUUUUCCUUUUUGAAUGACUUCUUUGAAAUUAGCUAAGCUCAUAUCUCUCAGCUAAUAGUCUAGCAUACACUGACAUCUGAAAGUUCCUAAAAUCAUAUGUGCCAAUGAAAAGACAGGCAGGCAGAGUCCCUCACCCAACGAGUACCUUCAGUUUCACCUACAUCAGGUGACAUUGAUAGUACUCAAAUCUGUUCUUUUUUCAUGUAUGUGGCUCUUGAGAGAUUAUUAGACAUGAAACCAACACAACUCUAGACCGAAAGAUAACCUCCUAGGCAAAAGUGGUAACAAGAAUGAGAUCAAAGUAGCCAUUUUACUGAGUCUCCUAAACAGAAUAUUCUUAGAGAAUGGUGUAACUUUGUUAAUAAUUAGCCCAUCCUGUGCAUUGAUCCUUUAAUGACUGACUUUUUUCUUUAUCUACCUUCAUUCUUUCCUCUCUUUCUCUCUUCCUUCCUUCCAACAAAUUUCUCAUGUGCUGAAAAAAUAAGUUCCUUGUAAAUCCCUAUGCAACAUCCUGACACUGAAAUGGGGGCAGAUCUAUGGAAUUUUCAGCAUUGUAGUCAAUGAUCAAUGUCUUAUGAAGAAGUUAACUGGGGACUCCUGGGAAAUUCACCUGCUAUUCACCAAUCAGUUUUGCCACAGUACCUACUUUGCGGUAAUACAUUGAAUGAGUUCAGAGUCUUAACUCAGACUCCUCAAGCUGAGGAAGCUGGCCUUUCUGCAGCCACCAUUGCUGACUCCAUAAAUAUAUGGACAAACCUGAGUAACUAUCUUCCUAUUGCUUUUUUCCCCCUCCAAGACCUAUGUACUUCCAUUUAAGCAAUGUCACUUUUUUUUUCUUAAUUUUAAUGAGUUUAUAUCUUUAGGUCAAGUUGUGUUUCUGUCUCUGUCAGUGCUUUUUAGUUUUUCAUGGUGAUAGUUUCUUGAAAAACAUUAAUAAUGGGGCAUCCUAUAAAUGAUGAAUUUGUUGACCUUAAACUACAAUCACUAUCAAAGCAAACACAUAGUUCAUCUUCUUCAUGGGCAGGAAUGGGGUGAGGGACUGGAAGAAGGUAGUCAUUCUUUCUACUUUGGGGUUUAAUAUGGAAUCAUCAAUCAUGAGGCAUUAUGACAGUGUGCAGGUAUGCAUACAGGGUCCCAAAAAUUCUUUGGCUAUUAAUUAUUGUGCUCCUUCAGCCUUCCAGUAUCUUCAAAGGAAUGUAUUCCCUCUUCCUCCCCAGAUCAUGAUAAAUAAGAAAACAUUUUCCUCUCCCCGACUCCCUUACAAGCUCUCCACUGAAAGUGAGUCAGCUUCAGUUACAGGUGGCCUUGCUCCCCAUGCCAUCCAUCAACUUGUUGUCAUUUGGGUAUUUGCUGUGUAGCCUGUUAAAAGGCAUGGAUCAUUUUAAUAGACAGGCCUGUCUGCAUCACCUGAUGGGAAAGUGGAAUCUUACAUUUGUAUUUUUUCCAGAAUGGACACAGUGAAAGAAAGUGGUUUUUUUAUAUACUUAUUCACUGCUCCUUCACAGGACAAGAGCUGCAUGAAUUCUGCUACCUGUCUUCAAAGCAGCCCCUUCUGCUUGCUUCUAAGUACAGCUCUGCUGGGGGAAAUGCUGCACUUUUGAGUUGUAUAGCAGGGAUUUCAUGCUGGUGGUCCAUGUAUAUUUUUAUUUAUUUGUAAUAACCAUGGGCUGUUGUCCCCUCCCUACACAACCCCACUUGUACUUUGAACGAAGAAGAUAGUAUUCAUUUUUGUUUAGGCAGAAUUGAUCUAUAUUUUGUUAUUUUAUAUUUCUAAAGUAUUAAUAUUGAAUCACUGUGAAACCAUUCUUAUGCAAGAUUUUUGUAACCAUGGGACAUUGUUAUCUUUAGUACUAUAUUUUGUAUCUUGAUUAUAUACCUGGUUCACAUUGUUCAUAUUAAAGCUUUUUGUGGGGGGAGGGACUGGAUAGGGCAGACAUUUAAGACACAGUAUUCUGGAUGGUUUAUACUCCUGUGCUAUCUUCACUGUACUGAAACGUGUUGCUUCUCCUUUCUGUGAAAGGAAUCUUUGUAUAUACCAUGCACGUGUAAUAAAGAACUGAAAAAUG